GCAGCAGGAGGAUGGCCUCGCUCGGGUCAUCAGCGGCUGGGGAGCCGGCGACCGGAGCUGAGGCGGAGCCAGGUCCUCCGGCCCCGCCGCCGCCUCCACCGCCGCCACCGGCUCCCUCGCCGUCCGCUCUCGGGCCGCUGUUGCCCCUGCAGCGUGAGCCGCUGUACAACUGGCAGGCCACCAAGGCGUCGCUGAAGGAGCGCUUCGCCUUCCUUUUCAACUCGGAGCUGCUGAGCGAUGUGCGUUUCGUGCUCGGCAAGGGCCGAGGCGCGGCGGCCGCCGGGGGCCCGCAGCGCAUCCCCGCCCACCGCUUCGUACUGGCGGCCGGCAGCGCGGUCUUCGACGCCAUGUUCAACGGCGGCAUGGCCACGACGUCGGCCGAGAUCGAGCUGCCGGACGUGGAGCCCGCCGCCUUCCUGGCGCUGCUGAGAUUUUUGUAUUCAGAUGAAGUUCAAAUUGGUCCAGAAACCGUUAUGACCACUCUUUACACUGCUAAGAAAUAUGCAGUCCCUGCCUUGGAAGCACAUUGCGUAGAAUUUCUCACCAAACAUCUUAGGGCAGAUAAUGCCUUUAUGUUGCUUACUCAGGCGCGGUUGUUCGAUGAGCCUCAGCUGGCUAGUCUUUGUCUAGACACCAUAGACAAAAGCACAGUGGAUGCAAUAAGCGCGGAAGGGUUUACUGACAUUGACAUAGAUACACUCUGUGCAGUUCUAGAAAGAGACACACUGAGUAUCCGAGAAAGCCGACUUUUUGGAGCUAUUGUACGUUGGGCAGAGGCAGAGUGUCAGAGACAACAAUUGCCUGUGACAUUUGGAAACAAACAGAAAGUUCUAGGAAAAGCACUUUCCUUAAUCCGGUUCCCACUGAUGACAAUUGAGGAAUUUGCAGCAGGUCCUGCUCAGUCUGGAAUUCUGUCAGACCGUGAAGUGGUAAACCUCUUUCUUCAUUUCACCGUCAAUCCUAAACCCCGGGUAGAGUACAUUGAUAGACCACGAUGCUGCCUCAGAGGAAAGGAGUGCUGCAUCAACAGGUUCCAGCAAGUAGAGAGCCGCUGGGGCUACAGUGGGACGAGUGAUCGGAUCAGGUUCACAGUUAACAGAAGAAUCUCUGUAGUUGGAUUUGGUUUGUACGGAUCUAUUCAUGGGCCCACGGAUUAUCAAGUGAAUAUACAGAUCAUUGAAUAUGAAAAAAAGCAAACCUUGGGUCAGAAUGACACUGGAUUUAGUUGUGAUGGGACUGCUAACACAUUCAGGGUCAUGUUCAAAGAACCUAUAGAGAUUCUGCCCAACGUCUGUUACACAGCGUGCGCAACACUCAAGGGUCCAGAUUCUCACUACGGCACAAAGGGACUGAAGAAAGUGGUGCAUGAGACCCCUGCUGCAAGCAAGACAGUGUUCUUAUUUUUCAGUUCCCCUGGCAAUAACAAUGGGACAUCAAUAGAAGAUGGACAAAUACCAGAAAUAAUAUUUUAUACAUAACCUAGUGUUAAAAACCCAUUCAGUCUAAUCUCAAAAGCAUAAACAACUGGCCACAAAUAGUUUGAGUGUCUUGAGUAUUUAUAAUUACAAAUUAAGAAACAUUUUAGUUUCUUAGAAGUAAAAUAGUUCAUUUAAAUCUGCAUGUUUCAAAGGCAGACUUUCUUUUUCUUGUAACCUUCGGAGCAAAGAGAACCAGGUUCGUGUGUAAACUGCCAUCUUUUCUGCUUUGUCUUGUGUGAUUUCGUAGAUCCUCUGACUCGUCAUCUUUUAGUAAUUUGGGAAUUGAGAGAUUCUUGUCACAAAUAGCAGAUGUGGGUGUUUGGUUUUUUUUUUUUAAACUUCUGUUUUGACUGUUUUGAAAGUUAGAUGAAAUGGGUGAGUAUUUGUACAGAAUUCUUUUUAACUCAAAUAACUAGUUUCAGAAAAUUAAGAAAACUGACUUUAUAUUUGGGUUUUCAAAUAUCUGGUCAUUAGCUUUGGGAAUAAUGAUAAAAGUAAACCUAGAAAACACCCAAGAGAAGUUUCAGUGCGUUUCCAGGGAAGGUACUUUGUAACAGCAUAGAAGUGCAUCACAUAGUACUGUUUUAAAGCUGGAAGUGGGGUUUGUAUAAAUUCACAGUGUGAUAGAAACAGAUCUAAAGGGAUGAUCUGAGAUGGGCUCUUUAUCAUUCCCACCCCACUAAGCCUGCCACGCGGGCUGCUAGUAAUCCCAGAUGAUGGGUGUAUGACGAUGCCAGCAUGUGACCACUUCAGCCCUGCAGUGCCCUUACACAGAAGGAAGGAGGGUAGAGUGCCAGGAUCCCCAACAGCUGUAUAGUUGUACAGCUGUCCCGCCAGUCACUCCUGCUGAAAAGGAAGGAGGCUCUGUGUCACCUACAUAGGUCUACCCAGGAACUAAAAGUGCUUGAUAUUUGUGACCUCGUUGAUGUGACUGGAGUGUCUAUAAUAGUGGAUCAAAAGGAUAUAUGGCAGUGUGACAUUUCUACAUUUUUAUAUAAAGCAGAUUUUUAAAAUACAAGUAAGAUAACAUUUUCCCCUUGAAAAUAAUCUUACAAAAAAACAAACCUUGUAUAAUUAAGCUUAAAGUAUAUCAGUCUAUCAGAUAGUUGUGGGAAGUUAUUAAAGAUAAUUCUUUUAAGUAUCAACUUAAGAACUUUUCUAAAUAAGAUAUAAAAGUUUUCAUCAAAAGUCAUAUUUUGUAUUUUCAAGAGGACAGGGAGGUGAUGUGUUGGUGGCCAGGAUCUCUUGAAGUUGUUGAAGAAAAGGAACUGUUUUCAGUCUGUUCUGAUACCAUGGUCUUAUGGGUAUAAACCUCAGCUAGCUGAAGUGAUUCUGCUUAGCUGAAGAUAAGUAAAGACUGUAUGUAGUAACCAUUCCUUAACCAGUAGUGCAUGCCAGAGGUAAGUUAGUGCUUUUGACAUUUGGGGCAUUCACAUGCCUUGUGUUUUACUGAAGAACUUAACUGAAUGUAGUCAUGGAAGGUACAAGAUACGGAACCAUUCACUGACAUUGGGACAUCACCUGGAAUUUUUAAAAUAAAUUUAUCCUUUUUGUUUACCUA